CUCCGCUUUCCUGCAUAGAAGUGCACCUCACCAGGACUGCAACGACAAACACUCGAGUUAGAUAGCUCACCAGUUCUAAAAUGAGUCCACAGCAAAACUUUGGAGAUGACGAAGCUGGGAUGCUGCAAGCUUUGCAGAUGUCUGUGAUGGUUACCCUCCCAUUCACUUUGAAAGCUGCUAUAAAUUUAGGUGUACCAAAAAUCUUGAUGGACGCAGGUCCUGGAGCUGAGCUCACUGCUGAAGAGAUUGCGACGUCCAUUGCCAAGGUCUCGGACUGCCGUGCAGAUUCCAAAAAUUUGGAUCGCAUCUUGAGAAUUUUGGCAUCUCACAACGUCGUGACGGAGAUUGUAUCGAAGGAUGCCAAUGACUCUGACUCUGCUCAAAGAAGUUGUGGACCCACUUCCACACUCAAGUACUUCACUGAUAACGAAGAUGGAGUUUCCCUAGUUCCAUUCGUUUUUAUGCACAUUGAUCCUGUUUUUCUAGCAUCCUAUCAAAACCUUCACUUGCCAGUUCUGGAUGUGAAUGUGGAGCCUCAUACGCUUGAUCAUGGGAUGAACUUGUUUGAGUAUAUUGCAACAGAUGCUAAGCUUGACAAGCUGUUUAACAAAGCCAUGCAUGAUCAUUCCAACAUAAAGAUGUCAGCGUUACUGAAGACUUACAGAGGCUUUGAGACCUUGACCUCAUUAGUAGAUGUGGGCGGUGGGUUGGGUUCUACUUUGGCCAUGAUCCUGUCCAAGUACCCCAAUUUACGCGGAAUCAAUUUCGACCAGCCACAUGUUGUAGCCAAUGGGCUGCAAGUGCCAAAUUUGGAACACGUUGGUGGAGACUUCUUUGCCAGUGUGCCUGAAGCCGAUGCUGUAUUCAUGAAGUGGAUUUUGCAUGAUUGGGAUGACGAACGAUGUGUGAAGAUACUGAAAAACGUCUGGAGAGCCUUACCUCCUCAUGGCAAGGUCAUCAACCUGGACGCACUGAUGUCAGACAUCUCAGAUCCAUCCCCUGCAACAAAGAUCUCCUUGUACAUGGAUAUGAUCAUGAUGGCAUGCACUCCAAGUGGAAGGGAACGUACACUGUCCCAGUUCAAGAAACUUGCAGCUGAUGCGGGAUUUAAAAGAGUUGAACUUGUUGCAAAAACAAGUCAUAUGUCAAUCCUGGAGUUUUACAAAAAUUAAUUAUUUUUAUUUGGAUCCGAACUUUAUUAAAAAAAAGAAGAAGCUUUUCUUAGCGAUAAAACCAACGUUGUGCUAAUUCUGAUCCAGACAUUAUCCACUUAUAGAAGCUGCCACUGAAAACCACAACCGUACCUUCAAUUAUUGCAGGUACAUAUGUAUAGUUCUUAGAAAAAUCACAAGGUCCAGGUUGUUAUCAAUGGUUACCAUUUACAUUACCAUGUACAAACCCACCAUAAUACAAACCCACCCCGGAAGGAUCUCGGACCAGCCGCUUGUUAGCUAGCGUUAGCCCAGCCGCUUUAGCGAAGCUCUCAGACAAGAGACUUGUUUGGAGUUUAAGAAGUGUAAUACGUCUUCCCAAAUUGGUAAGCAUUCCGUUGUUACCGUG